CGCUGGCAGACGCCGUAGUCGAGUCCUUCUGUGCCGCCGCAGCUCCCCCGCCACUUGGCCCCAUCCAGCCUGGCCCAGGGACGUGCAGUUGUAGGAUCCCAAAGCACUGGUAGCACUAAGUGACCUGAUGCAGCUACCUGUGAAGUCCCAGUUGCAACUGAGAAGCUGAAAAUCUUCUGCAGCCAAUACGCAGUGAUUUCUUACUUGAACAGAAUUUAAGAAGUGCAACAUGGCAAGAGGCUGCCUGUGUUGUUUGAAAUAUAUGAUGUUCCUUUUCAAUUUAAUAUUUUGGACGCUGCCUGCUUCCAAUGCCCUACUCCUUGUCUGCCUCCUUUGCACUCUUUGUGCCGGGAUGCAGAUUCAGGAAUCCUCUCCGGGUUUAGACGAUCUGCAUUUAAGCGUACUCUGGGCGGUCCCUGUUCAGGCGCCAGAUGUAGGAAAUUGGCCAGAGUCAAGACAUACACCCAAUUUAUGUGGCUGUGGGCUCCUGGGUGUGGGCAUCUGGCUGUCGGUGUCACAAGGAAACUUCGCCACAUUUUCUCCUAGCUUUCCAUCGCUUUCAGCUGCCAAUCUAGUCAUUGCCAUUGGCACAGUCAUCAUGGUGACCGGCUUUCUGGGCUGCCUAGGUGCUAUCAAGGAAAACAAGUGCCUCUUGUUGAGUUUUUUCAUCAUUUUGCUGAUAAUUCUCCUGGCUGAGCUGAUAUUACUCAUUUUGUUCUUUGUUUAUAUGGACAAGGUCAGUGAGAGUGCAAAGAAGGAUUUAAAGGAAGGUAUGAAGCUGUACAAUUCAGAAAAUAAUGUUGGACUGAAAAACGCAUGGAAUAUCAUUCAAGCAGAGAUGAAAUGCUGUGGUGUGAAUGACUUUACGGAUUGGUACCCCGUGCUGGGAGAAAACACUGUCCCAGACCGAUGUUGUACAGAAAACUCCCAAGAUUGUGGACGGAACUCCACCGAAUUAGUGUGGAAAACAGGAUGUUAUGAGAGAGUUAUGACCUGGUUCGAUGACAACAAGCAUGUCCUUGGUUCUAUUGGGAUGUGCAUCCUCAUAAUGCAGAUUCUUGGCAUGGCCUUCUCUAUGACACUCUUCCAGCAGAUUCACAGGACCGGCAAAAAAUAUGAUGCCUAAAGCCUCUGAAACAUUAGCACAUCAACUCUUCUGUCUCAUCAAAAAAAUUAACAAAAGACAAGACUGCAAAGAGAAUCGAGCCUAACCCUGCUGAGGGAAUCUGUCACAUUGACUGAUGUACUUUGUGGUUACUUGUCAAGUCAUUAUCACAACUUGUUAUUUGACUCAUUUUUUGUCUGUUCACACUUACCAUUUAUUUGCCAAAGAGGGGGCAACCCCCCCUAACAAAUGGAUUUUCUACACAAAAUCACAGAUCUGCUCUAGGAAUGAUUCUUAAUUUAAGAAAAUGGUUUACUAUAUUAAUCCAUGCUAUAUGUACAAAAAGUUACAUGUGUUCAAGGGAGAAGUCUUGAAAGUCUUCCAUUAAGUUUCCAACCCUCAUGUCCAAUUUACUGGAAGACUCAGAAAAGCCACUCUAAGACUCCUAGGAAGUGGAGCUGCUUUGCUUCACAGCUUCUUGUACCUUACAGUGUAUACUUUUUAUUAUGAAAAUUAUUAUUAUUGUUAUUAUUAUGGAUAUAGCUUAGAAUUUAGUUGCCUGACUUCGAAUUUCUUACUGGUUUUGGUUUUACACAUUUGUUGUACAUUAACUUUAGAACCACUGUGUGAUCUCCAGAGGAGGUUUUUCAAAGUUGAUGGUGCCGGUAAAUGAAGACAUAACUUUUCUCAAGUCCAAAAGGAUGCAUUGUCUACCUUUGUCAGGGCCUUGAUGCCCUUACUGUAACAAAAGUGGUUCCUUUCAAAUCAGCAGCUCUUUCCUCAGAUAGAAUUCAAUGCUUUCCCAUUGGACCAGAUGGUGAGCUUCCUGCUCCUGUGAGGCAAAGUUCCAAUGCCUUUACUCACUCAAAGCAGUGUCUGACUGCUUUGAUGUCAUGCUACACUGAAAGCUAGAAGUACUAACUAAGCAAGUUACUGCUUCCUGGCACAAAGGAGAGAGAAUGCAGACUGACCUACUGGCCAGUUGGCAGCAGCCAUCACAGAUUGUGGUGUUUGUUUCAAAAAGCUUGCCUGAGGUAUGACGUGCUGCUGGAUGAAGGAAGGAGAUGGCAAACUGAGGACAAUAGUGUCAUGCCAUGCCCUUCAUUGAAAGGGUUUCCUCAGGCAGAUGACAGCUGUCUCCCUGAGCUGGAAAAGGUGGCUUCAUUAAACUUGAUUAAAUUUCCAAAACAGCGUUCAAAGAGACAGUAUGUUUUUUCACAUCUUCAGUACAGAAUUGGUUCUUGCUGACAGAAUGCCAAGUUCAUUCAUUGAGGUAGUUCAGAUUUCACUGCAAUGUAUAUUAUUUUAAUCAAUGUUCCUACUAGAAAACAUGAACAAAAAUGUGUAGCUUGAAUGCUGCUUCAUUGCAGUUAGGCCCCAUUCACCCUUUGUUCCAGGUUUUUGCUGUUUUGUGAAGGAAGAAGUCUGUCUGAGACACUGGCAGAUAUUUUCAUUUAACUCUGGUCAGGGCUUAACUCAACUCUGAAAGAAUACACUACUUUUUGUAAUAGCAGCAGUCAGAAAUCACCUUCAGCAGUUACCCCAUCUGAUGUCACUUUUAGAGUGGUACUGUUAUCUAUGUGAGAUGUGGUAUAUUGUGACAUUAUUGGGCUGAGUUUCAGAAACAGAUGAGGGUGUAGAUUUUGUGCCUUUCAGAGCUAUGCCAUGUCAAACUAUUUCUCUGUUAAACAAGUUUCUCUUAAUGUCCAGUCUGAAUAUUUAUACUUUAAACUCUUAAAAGACGUCAUUUUCAUUCAGCCUAUCUUUUCCUUGUGGGCUGAAACAGCUAUUUAGCCAGGUCUUAUCUGGGAAUUUUUAGUCCCAUUUACCUUCCUAGUAGGUCCUACAUGCUUCUGUAUAUCUAGCAGCAACAGUGGGGGUUUUUUUUGUGUGUGUGGCUUAUGUCACUUUUUUGGAGUUCCUAUGAAAUCAAUGUGACAUGAAGGAGUGUGAAUGUCUGGGAAACAGAGAUGAAUUUGGGUGUUGUAGUGAAGAAAAAGGUUACUAUUAGAGCAUGGCCCUUGCCCAUAUGAGCACAAUGCCCAAAGUUUCACCAGGGCUUUUGUUUCCCACUGAAGCAGACAAUGCUAUAUGGGUUCAGCUGUUUCAGUUGGAUUGCCUUUGAAAGAGUCAGGGAAGAAGCAGAGGGAAAGCACAGAAACUGAAUCCAGUUUUACUUCCAUUUCUAACAAAAAUUGGGACCAGGAGCAUCUGAGCCUCACUGGAGAAGGAUGUUCCAUGUUGAAAAAGGGGCUCUGAUGCCCUACUUGCUGCUACAUGUAAGACUGUAUCUGAAGUUGCUAAGAUGCGUUCCCAUUUUUACAAGAAGAGACAGGAUGAUUUUCAUCUGUUGGCUUUGCUGCAUUCUCCCUUUGGGCAUAGGUGCUUAGCUUUCUCUAGCUUUCUCUCGUGUUCAAAAAGAGCAGGGUGCAGAGCUGAGCAGGAGCUUCAUCUCUGUCAUUCUGGGUCACACAGUGGUACCUGCUGCAUCUUAAAUUUUAAUCUGCAGUCAGUUUAUUUCCUUAUAAGUAAUAAGGAAAUUAAAAAAAAUAUGAGUAACUCAGAGAUGAAAUGUAUAGUUGCAAAUUCAGCUACUUUGCCUUCCAUCCAAACUUAUUUUUGUAGAAUGCUUCAUUCCAUUUCAUGAUCUAGCAGCAUAGAUCCUGAAAUCUUUUUUUAAUGACUACUUCUGGCAUUUUAAGUACAGUAUUAAGAGAGAUAGUUACACAAGCUUUAUGUAUUCAUCUCUAUGAAGCCACCUACAGGAAGAGUCGAAAGCAGGGCUGAUUUGUAUCUAGCUGACUCUCUGAUAUGGGAGGUGAUGACAGACAUCCUGAAAGGAAAAGUAAUGUCAUUUUUCAGGCAACAAUAAACAACUCUGAAAAGCAUGAGGUUGCCUCAGUCACUUUGUCAGAGAAGGCACUAACUGUCCUGUAAACUUGUCAAAGGGAGCUUUGGCUCAUAUAUGUAUGCACUUUUUUGGCUUAUGCUGGUGGGUGGCUCUCUGUGUGUUUUCCCCAAGUGUCAUUCUGAUUAUUUAACGAAGUUUUAGCAUGUUUUUAAACAAAAUUGAUACUAAGUAAAAAUAUCUUUAAUAUACACAAAUAUUGAUUUGUAUCAAUGCAUACCUCUCUGUAUCUCUAAAGCGUGAAAGCACAGUGUGUGAAAGUACUGUUCCUUCAGACUGUAGUAUACCUGCUCUCUCACUGUGCUUCAUGCUUGGAAGCUGCAGCAGGACUUAAGCAGAGACGUGAUAGGAUAACUGCUUCAAGAACCUCUACUUGAAAGUUGUGGAAGUGAUAGCAGUUAAUUCUGUUCCUUCUUGGUGGUACCAAGGCUGAUAGUUAUAGGAAGACCAGGUGGAGAGCACUCAAAACAAGUGACCAUAGCUAUGUAGCAUGUGAGAUGAUAAAAACAACAAUGAUGAUAAAAAUAUUACAGGAGAUGCCUUGUAUGUGUCAUGGAUUGAGUUCCUGGACUAUGGUCAUGUUAGGCCAACUCUCUUGUCUUGUGUCAAUGCUCCAUUUGUAUUUUGCGUGAAAUACAAACUCACAGGGUGGAAGCAGAGAGCAGUCAAACUGAUCCUCAUGGUCUUUCUUGGGCAAUGUAUUAGUCAGGCAUAGAAAAGGCAAGGAGGAAAAGGGUGAUUUCCCAGCAGAUGUUUCUUGGGAGCAGCAUGGAAUAGAGCACACACAAUUCUCAUGUAACUUCUUUCCAUAGAGUUGAGCAGCUUCAUCCUGUAUCUGGCAUGGGGAAACCUGGAGAUGUUUGCCUAUGUGCUAGACAUCUAUUGUGCAGUAGAUAGUAGACAGUAAGAAACAACAUGCCAUUCCUACCAGGUGAUGUUUGCACCAGUGUUUCUUCUAUGCAAUAUCUACUUUCACCUUUAUAUAAAGAUUUUUACUAGGAUGAUAUAAAAAUAAAGGAUUUUUUUAAAGGUGCCUCUUUGAGCUCAUUUCUCUCCUAACUCCCACUACCGCUAAAACCAAAAAGGGACAAAAAAAUUUCCAAAAUUGAUUCACAAAGAUCUGUUCCAACUUCACUGCAGUUGAAGUCCAGAGCUCUUGAAGCUGUUGCAUUUCUGAAACUAUCCCACACCCUGUCCUCUCAUCCUUCUUCAAAACAAUAGUCUAAUAAAACAGAAAUAGGUGUGAAAGCCGUCCAAAGAACAACAAUUUGUUUAUGGUAAUAUAAGAAAGAGCUCACAAGUGUCCCAGAGAAUAUAGAGUAGUUGAGAAGACAAAGUAGUAGACAACUCAAAGGCAUCUAGAGGACACUGAGAAGUCUCAGAGAAAACAAGAAAAUUGACUAAACACUGAGACAGAUAAAGAUAGUCCUCCAAAUGCCAGGAGAGUAGAAGAUGGUCUGAGAGGUCUCCAGAUAAAGCAAAGGUCCCCAAGCAGAAGCCAACAAUGCAACAGAGGGACUGGAAGAAAUUCAGAUAAUAUAAAAAAGCCUCAAGGAAGGGAAGAAAGGAAGGGAAAUACCCAAGGAAACAAGGUUUUGCAGUGUCAAAGAGGCCGAGAAAGAAAUAUACAAGGCAAAGGACACCCUCCAGAGCACACCAAAUAGGCUCAAGAAAGAUAGCAAGAAAAUAUCAGAGAUAUUAAAGGAGCUCCAGGGUACUCAUUAGUACCAAGAAUGAUCUCAGAGAAGACAACAAAUGAAAAGGCAGAAGGCUUGAAAGUACCCCCAAAGAGUAGCAUCAAAGAAAGCAAAUGAGACGAAAAUCUGUAAAAGACUCAGAAUACACAAAGUAGCUUCAGAGGGGCAAAGAAACUAGUAGAAAGCUAGAAAUAACCACAAUCAACACACAAUAACAAGAAAGUAGCAAAGAUUCUGAAAAAAAUCUUGGAGAGUAUGCUUGCAACUACAAAGAAAGGAGAAGGGCUAAAAGAGCAACGGAAAAUGCUGCAAACUUUGUACAUAGACGGGGGGGCAGUGAGCAUGACAGCAGAAAGUGCUCUGAAGUCACCUCAGUGAGAAGGAACAGACAAAAGCCUGAAAGGCAGCGAUAGCACUUUUGGAGAGCUAGGAGAUGUUGAGAGAGUCCCAGAGAAGAGAGAAACAUUGCAGAGCCUGAGAGACUAGCAGUGAGACUGAAAGAACCUGAGAUGACAGAGAAGUCUCAGAGAAGGUAUGAAAAUAGCAUAAAGGAUAAAAAAGACUGUCCUCAGAAGGGUGAAAAGAGUAGGCAAGAAAGAGAUACAGCCUGAGAGAUACAGAGGUUAAGAAACAUAGAUAUAUAGCCUGAGGGAAUGCUAUGAGAUGUUUUAAAAGCCCAAGGAGAACCACUGGAGGGCCGUGAAAGUAGAAGACAGACUAGAACAACUCCACUGCAUGCAGAGAACCCUUCAGGCAGCAAAGAAACAAACAAAAAGGUUUAAACAACCUCUGAAAGCAUGCAGAGUAGCUCUGAGUGAGAGAAACUGGUGGGGAGGAGUUUCAGAUGGGUUUAGAGGAGAGCAGUUGAGAGCAUGUGACAGGGCAUGACCAUGUCUCUUGACUCUUCUCUUUUAAAGAAACGGCGUUAAAUAGUACUGGCUCCAAUAUCAAUCCCAAAGAACCACAAGUGGUAAACUCACUGCCAGUUAGUUUCAGCAGAUGAUCACAACCAUUUAAGCCCAGUAGUUCAGUCAGUUAUUCACCUACCUUAUCUUCCACUUACCCAAACCACAUUUCAACCAUUUGGCUACAAGGUCACUAUGGGAAACUGUGGCAAAGGGCUUGCUAAAGUCCAGGUGAACAAUACUCGCUGCUCUCCACUCAUUCAAGUGAACAGUUGUCUCACUGUGGAAAGCUAUCCAAAGGUUGGUUGGACAUAACUUGCCCGUGCUAAAUCUCUGCUGUCUUUUCCUUUUGUGAGGAUUUGCUUUGUGAUUUUCUCAGGGGUGGAGAUUAGGCUGACAAUUAGCCUAAUUAACCCCCCUGUAGUUCUUGCCUUUCAGGGAAGAUAUCUGGGAGAUUGGGCAGGAGGGAGAGUUGUGCUGGUGCUAUGCACCUCUUCAAGUCAUCAGGACCUUUCCUGCUCACUAUGACCUCUCAAAGAUGACAGCAGCUUUGCAGUGACUCUAGUCAGCUUCCUCAGCACCUCUGUCUAUAUUUCAGUUGGACCCACAGACUUACAUAUAUCCAGAUUGUCUUUUGGUCCUCAAUGUAGUCCUGCUCUACUGUGGAUCACAGAAUCACCAAAUUACCAACCUUAAGGGUUGGUAAUGGAUCUAAAAAGAUCAUCUAGUCCACCCCCCCCCCCCCCGCCCCUGCCUAGAGUAGGUCACAUAGGAACUCAUCCAGGUGGGUUUUGAAUGUCUUCAGAGAAGGAGACUCAACAACUGAUCUGGGCAGCCUGUUCCAGUGCUCAUAAUAUAAUGUUCCACAUCAUUGCCAGAUUUUGCCACUAAGUUCAAGGAGCUAAGGCCUAAGAGCAGAACUUAAAACACAAGUAAAUACCAAAGGCAAGGAAGGCACCAUUUGUGUCCUUUGUCACCAGGUCCCCUGCCCCAUUUGGCAGGGGUCCACUUUGUCUUUGGCUGUCUUCAACGACUAGUGUAUUCAGAGAAGGCCUUUGUGUUGCUCUGCCCAUUCCUCAUCAUUUUCUUCUCCAGCUGAGCUUUGGGCUUUCUGGAAUUCCACUCCAUUACACUCAGGCCAUGGCUAUAUUCCUCCAGAGUUGCCUUCUGCUUUCUGUGCACUUCUGUUGCACUGGCAACCUCAGUCCGGAGUUCACAACUGCAACAUAGCACAGGCAGGAGACAGCAUCAAGGCCUCUACUUAAAAAGAGUUCCCAAGGGAAAUGAAGGACAGGAGCUUGCUGCUAGCCUUCUUCCAAAUGGCUCUUACCAGCAAAAGAGAUGGACCUGGACUCAGCCAGCUAAACUUUCACUUAGCCAACUGAACUCCUAGAAGAGCGAUGCACUCCAGGCCCCGCCGCACUGACUCCAUCUCCUCCUUCUCCUGACUGGACUCUCUGGAUAGACCAUGGCCAGAUUCAUUACCUUGUUUUGCCUGGGAAAAUCAGUGCACCCUAUUGUCAGCACACCUGCUUUGCCCUCCCACUUCAGCUCUGAGAGUGCACCCUGGCCACCUAGGUUCUGUGACUGAGCCGUUCCUGGUUUGCCCCUUGCAGCUCUCCAACAAAAGUGUGCACACCCAUUUCACCAGAUACUGCCUUCCUACUCCUUCUGCCUCCUCUUCAGCAUUCCCCAUUCCUCAAAGAGAGAGUCCAAAAGCCAAAGCUCUGUCUGUAACACUGGCUGUGCAGUCAGGUCGUGCCCUCCUAUCCAAGCUUUUCCUGUCCCCUGUCAGGACCAAGUUGAACAGCACCUUGUCACCUGUGGCCUGUAGCUGCUCUUGGUUUGUUAAGGUCUCCCUUGACAGUAUCAGUGGUGCACACAUGGCCGAGCAGGCUGGGGUAACAGGCCAAAGCCCAGACAUGCCUUAGUGCCCCCUGCAACAGCCCCAAGUUCAGUCUCCUUGCAAGUAACAGAUCAUGUGAGGUAGCAAGUGAGGUCUCUAGAGGGGUGGCUCUAUAGCCUGUAACAGGAAGUUUCCAACCACUGUCACACAUCACUUCCUCUCAGCACUGGCUCAGGCGUGGUUCAGAGUUGCCUAGCUAUGGUGCAUCCCUCGACAAUUCAUAGUACCAGUUAUCCUGCAGUAAGUGGGGUGAUACAGAUGCUGAGAUACAUGUACACACACACAACUGAGAAUGGGAAUAUGCUGUAGCUGAGUGCACAGCAGAUAGACUCUGAAGGUUUUAUUUUCUUACUUUGUGGCAGGUUGAUCCCCACCUGCAGCUAAGCACCACACAAUAUCUCACUCACUCUCUCCAACCCCAGCAGGAUGAAGAGAGCAAAAGCAAUAAAAUUCAGGGGUUGAGACAAAGAUAUUUUACCAAGUUAAGAAAAAAAAAAGUAUGUUGGGGAAACUGAUGCAAAGGCAAUCACUCAUCACCUCUUAGUGCCUAGUCUCUGACCAAUAGCUACCUUCCCAAAAUCCCUUUCUCCACAUUUGUUUUUUUGCUGAGCAUGAUGUUAUAUGGCAUACCCCAUUAAUUUGGUUAGUUUGGAUCAGCUGUACUGGUUAUACCCCCUCCAAAUUAUUGUGUAAUCCCAAUUUACUUGCUGAGGGCACUCUUGAUGGUGUGCCAGGAAGUAGCGGAAAUUUGCAAAACAAUACAACGUGGCAGACUAGUUUGAAGACCUACUAAUCAACUGGAGUCAGGUGAGACAAAAUACCAACAAAGUGGAUACUUUUGACUUCUGCAUGUACUUGAAGUUAGGUUGAGUUUAAUAUUAAUGUUUAGUAGGUUUAAACAUAUUAAUUUCUUCACCCAGGGCAGCAUAAAGUUGGAGAUGAUGAGAUAUGCAAUGUAUGAUGCAGGGGAUAUGAGGGGUGUGUGUGUACAUAUUAGAGCAAAGAUGUAACAGGCCGAUCGGGAAGGUCUGUACACUCAGAGUACCUCAGCCAAUGGGGAAAAGAGGAGGGUCUCACGUGCCCAGGAAGUUAGGAUAAAAGGAGGCUGUGCCCUCCAAGUUGAGACACCCUACACGGGAAUGCCCCAGUGGACUCUCCCUUUAUUUGAAUAAAGUCUCCUCUGUCUCCUUUGUGAACACUGACCUCUGGUUCUCUGGUCAACUGAUUUUUCUGAACAGUACUAUCAUUUCCCUCAACUUCAUUUGAUUCUUAGCAGACUGGAGAAACUGUGCCUGUUAUUUCCCUUAUCCAGGUGUCAUGGUUUUGUCCAGCUGGGAACAAAGAGCCACGGAGUGCUCGCUCAUUGCUCCCCCUCUCGGCGGAGCAGGGAGGAGAACCAGAGAAAGAGGGGGAAAACCCGCGUAGGUUGAAAUAAGAACAGUUUAAUAGAACAACAAUAAGAAGAAACAAGUUCAGGAAAAAACAGUUAUAAUAGUAAAUGAGGGGAUAUACAAAAGGAAUGGUGCAUGCCGCAGUUGUUCACCACCCGGAACCUGACACGACCGCUCCCGACUGGCAGCUGAAACUGUGCUUCCGCAGCACCGCCCCCAACAAGCUCCCUGCCUAUAUGUACUGUGCAUGAGGUCAGUAUGGUAUUGAAUACCUGUUGGCCAGCCUGGGUCAGCUGCCCAUGCUGUACCCCUUCCUACUUCCUCAUCAAAGUUAACCCUACCCUAGCCCAAACCAAGACACCAGGAAAUCCAGCAUCAGAAGGAAGACUAAGGAGCUCACCUCAGAUGGUUAUAGUGAAAGGACAAUAGGCAACAUGCACAAAUUGCAACACAGGAAAUUUUGGUUGGACAAAAGGAAAAAAAAAUCUUGCCCCUGAAAGCAUUUCAGCAGACAUGCCCGGAGAAAAAAAAAAAUGUCUGGACAAGACACUGAGCAACCUAAACUAGAUUUGAAGUUAGUCUGGCUUUGACAAGGAGACUGUACUAAAGGAUUUCAUGAGUCCUUUCAAACACAGAUCAUUCUAUGAUCCUACAAUUUAUGUACCAGGCUGUACUAGGGAGUUAUCUCUUCUGCUUCAUUUGACCAUUCUCUGCAAAUAUGCAUUUGUAACUCAUGUAGCCAAAUAUCUCGAGUUUCUGUCUUCUUGCUGCUUGAAGUAGAGGCUUGUGAGAAUCAAUAAAUGCAAUCAUAUCUACUCCAGACAGGCUGUUAGUCUGCACACAGUACGUGAGGUAUCUAUAGAAUGUUUGGAUUUUAAAGAUUUGAAAGUUGUUGCUACAAACAAUUUGGCAUUAGUGUGUAGCUUCCUGAGAAUACAAUAACUUUAAUGUGAAAUGUGUUCAUCUGAUUCAUGUCAAUGUGUCUUGUAUAACCACAGGCUUAAGGUGCAUAUAGAUGUAUCUUUUUGCAAGGCGCCCAUUUUUUUCUUUUUCCCCGGCAGUUAGUGGCAGUAGCUUAAACUGGCUUUGUUGCUGGUCGUGUGAUGCUGGGCAGAGGCAACCUGUCUGUUAGCAUGACUCAGCACAACGUGGUUCUAUUGGAUGUGUGUGUAGGACAUAGCUAUGAAUAUGUAUUAGACUAGAUGAAUAUGUAUUAGCCUAGGAAAUAAAAACCAAAAGCAGGAGCUGUAUGGUGUGUGUCUUGGUUGAGCAGAGACUCCAGGUGCACCCAGCACUGUUUGCUUGUUUUUAUUCAUUUAAUAAAUUUUAAGUUUAAUCAGAA